GGCGGAAGGAAGGCAGAGCAAUUCAAUUCAACUUCAAUCAAACAAUCAAACAAUCAUAGAUCAACCACCAAUUGUCAUCAAUCAUGGCGCCAGCAACCCCAGAAGCUGAAGCUCAUCAAGCACUCAUCGAAAAGCUUGAUGUCCACUCAAUAAGAAAGCCCUUUCGCAAUACACACUGGAGACCUAAUCAGCGUCGCAACAAGAAUAUUAAGACCAUUCUCGGCGACGCCGUUCGAAAGGAAGCGUCACUUAUGCCAACACAAGACAACAGCGGUGCUGCAACACCCUUUUCUGAAGAUAAUGCAACUUCAACCGAUGGUGAUACGACACCUGCCUCUACGAGCGCUCCUACACUCCAACCAAACCUUGCGCAAGCUUCCAAGAACUUGUCGAAAUUGGUAUUGGAACGAAAUAUGCGGACGAACGGCUUUUCUAAUGCACCUACUGCGACAUACACGAAUAUCGAAUCGGCACCAUCUCUGGCACAUUCAAAACAUUACUGCGAUAUCACAGGAUUACCAGCUCCAUACACAGAUCCAAAGACGAGGCUACGAUAUCAUAACAAAGAGGUGUUUGCGGUUGUCAGAUCUUUAGGCCAGGGAGUUGCAGAGCAGUAUUUAGAAGUACGAGGAGCCCAUACUAUCUUAAAGUGAGAGGCGAUGAUAGUGCACUACGUUGGAGCAUUUGGAAAAGGUGUAAUUAUCGGCCUGGGCUUCACUCUACACACAGUUCGUCAUCUCCGAAGAUUGACAAGCGAUGCGCGAAGGUUCAAAUGGUUACUUGACUACAUUGGUGUAUAUAUACUGGCAGAAGAAUCAAGGGGGCAGGGACAGACUUCGAGAGAGAAGAUUUGUAUGAUUGAGAUGGAUAGAAUCAGCCUCUAAAGCAGCUGAAGAAGGACGGGUCAAGAAUGGUCGAAAUCAGUACGAAGAUAUGUCUGACCGACAAAGUCAAGCUCAUUCUACCCACCAAUCAUCUUUCAAUGAUUGGUUCAGGAAUACGCUCCGGCUUAAUCGCGAUCAUGAAUAUUAUCUGCCUACUCGAGUAGAGAUGACGUGGUACCGAGAACAUAUAGAGAAUGAAACUCAGUCACCAGGACAAAUUGUCCUGGUUCGUCGUGGCAAUCAUAAUACUUUACCUCGUGCAAGUGUGCAAUAGGAUUGAUACUUUGGAGGCAGGUAGAGAGACCUGGAAGAGUCCAUUUCCUUCGCAUUUUCUUUCAAAUCUUGUUGGUUGACACAUUGAACACACAUCAUGUUUUAGUUGAACUAAUACAUGACAUAUCGAUUGUGAUUGUGGUUCUUUCAAUAUUUUCA